GGCAGUCCAAUGGACCCAAUGGUGAUGAAGAGACCUCAGUUGUAUGGGAUGGGGACUCACCCCCAUUCCCAGCCUCAGCAGAGCAGCCCAUACCCAGGAGGCUCCUACGGCCCCCCAGGCGCACAGCGGUAUCCCCUUGGCAUGCAGAGUCGGGCUCCAGGGGCCCUGGGAGGCUUGCAGUACCCACAGCAGCAGAUGCCACCGCAGUAUGGACAGCAAGGUGUGAGUGGUUACUGCCAGCAAGGCCAGCAGCCAUAUUACAACCAGCAGCCACAGCCCUCGCACCUCCCGCCCCAGGCACAGUACCUCCAGCCGCAGACCCAGCAGAGGUACCAGCCACAGCAGGACAUGUCUCAGGAAGGCUAUGGAACUAGAUCUCAGCCUCCUCUGGCCCCUGGAAAAUCCAACCACGAAGACUUGAAUUUAAUACAACAAGACAGACCAUCGAGUCUACCAGACCUGUCCGGCUCCAUUGAUGACCUCCCCACGGGAACAGAAGCAGCUCUGAGCUCAGCAGUCAGUGCGUCCGGGUCUACGAGCAGCCAGGGGGAUCAGAGCAAUCCAGCUCAGUCACCGUUCUCCCCACAUGCAUCACCCCACCUCUCCAGCAUCCCCGGAGGGCCGUCACCUUCUCCUGUUGGCUCUCCUGUGGGAAGCAGCCAAUCGAGGUCUGGUCCGAUCUCCCCCGCGAGUAUUCCAGGCAGCCAGAUGCCUCCACAACCACCUGGAAGCCAGUCAGAAUCCAGUUCUCAUCCUGCCUUGAGCCAGUCACCAAUGCCACAGGAAAGAGGUUUUAUGGCAGGCACACAGAGAAACCCUCAGAUGUCUCAGUACGGACCUCAGCAGACAGGACCCUCCAUGUCGCCUCAUCCCUCUCCUGGGGGCCAGAUGCAUCCUGGGAUCAGUAACUUUCAGCAGAGUAACUCAAGUGGCACAUACGGUCCACAGAUGAGCCAGUAUGGACCCCAAGGCAACUACUCCAGAACCCCAACGUAUAGCGGGGUGCCCAGUGCAAGCUACAGUGGCCCAGGGCCCGGGAUGGGCAUCAAUGCCAACAGCCAGAUGCAUGGACAAGGGCCAACCCAGCCCUGCGGUGCUAUGCCCCUAGGACGAAUGCCUUCAGCUGGGAUGCAGAGCAGACCGUUUCCUGGAAACAUGAGCAGCGCCACCCCCAGUUCUCCUGGCAUGUCUCAACAGGGCGGGCCAGGAAUGGGCCCUCCAAUGCCCACUGUGAACCGUAAGGCCCAGGAAGCUGCCGCCGCUGUGAUGCAAGCCGCUGCAAACUCAGCACAAAGCAGGCAAGGCAGUUUUCCCGGCAUGAACCAGAGUGGCCUUGUGGCCUCCAGCUCUCCCUACAGCCAGCCCAUGAACAGCAGCCCCGGCCUGAUGAGCACCCAGGCCCAGCCCUACAGCAUGGCACCCACGAUGGUGAACAGCUCCACAGCAUCUAUGGGUCUUGCAGAUAUGAUGUCUCCCGGUGAAUCCAAACUGUCCGUGCCUCUUAAAGCAGAUGGUAAAGAAGAAGGCGUGCCUCAGCCUGAGGGCAAGUCAAAGGACAGCUACAGCUCUCAGGGUAUCUCUCAGCCUCCAACCCCAGGCAACCUGCCCGUCCCUUCCCCAAUGUCCCCCAGCUCUGCCAGCAUCUCCUCCUUCCACGGAGAUGAGAGUGAUAGCAUUAGCAGCCCAGGCUGGCCCAAGACUCCAUCAAGCCCUAAGUCCAGCUCGUCUUCCACCACUGGGGAGAAGAUCACAAAAGUAUAUGAGCUGGGGAAUGAGCCAGAGAGGAAGCUGUGGGUCGACCGGUACCUGACGUUCAUGGAGGAGAGGGGCUCCCCGGUCUCCAGUCUGCCGGCCGUGGGCAAGAAGCCCCUGGACUUGUUCCGACUCUAUGUCUGCGUCAAAGAGAUUGGAGGCUUGGCGCAGGUUAAUAAAAACAAGAAGUGGCGCGAGCUGGCAACCAACCUAAACGUUGGCACUUCAAGCAGCGCAGCCAGUUCCUUGAAAAAGCAAUAUAUUCAGUACCUGUUUGCCUUUGAGUGCAAAAUUGAGCGUGGGGAGGAGCCCCCACCUGAAGUCUUCAGCACCGGGGAUGCGAAGAAGCAGCCCAAGCUCCAGCCGCCAUCUCCUGCUAACUCAGGAUCCUUACAAGGCCCACAGACUCCACAGUCAACUGGCAGCAAUUCAAUGGCUGAGGUUCCGGGUGACCUGAAGCCACCGACUCCAGCCUCUACCCCUCACGGACAGAUGACCCCCAUGCAAAGUGGAAGAAACAGUACAGUCAGUGUACAUGACCCAUUCUCGGAUGUGAGUGAUUCCGCGUACCCAAAACGGAACUCCAUGACUCCAAACACCCCAUACCAGCAGGGCAUGGGCAUGCCAGACAUGAUGGGCAGAAUGCCCUAUGAACCCAACAAGGACCCUUUCAGUGGAAUGAGAAAAGUGCCUGGAAGUAGUGAGCCCUUUAUGACACAAGGACAGAUGCCCAACAGCAGCAUGCAGGACAUGUACAGCCAGAGCCCCUCGGGUGCCAUGUCCAACCUGGGCAUGGGACAGCGACAACAGUUUCCCUAUGGAACCAGCUAUGACCGAAGGCAUGAAGCUUACGGGCAGCAGUACCCAGGCCAGGGGCCACCCACAGGACAGCCACCGUAUGGAGGACACCAGCCUGGCCUGUACCCACAGCAGCCGAAUUACAAACGCCAUAUGGAUGGCAUGUAUGGGCCUCCAGCCAAGCGGCACGAGGGAGACAUGUACAACAUGCAGUAUGGCAGCCAGCAGCAGGAGAUGUAUAGCCAAUACGGAGCUUCCUACUCUGGCCCGGACAGAAGGCCCAUCCAGGGACAGUACCCCUACCCCUACAACAGAGAAAGGAUGCAAGGCCCAGGCCAGAUGCAGCCACAUGGAAUCCCACCUCAGAUGAUGGGUGGCCCCAUGCAGUCAUCCUCCAGCGAAGGGCCUCAGCAGAAUAUGUGGGCUGCACGCAACGAUAUGCCUUAUCCCUACCAGAACAGGCAAGGCCCAGGCGGCCCUGCACAGGCACCCCCUUACCCAGGCAUGAACCGCACAGAUGACAUGAUGGUACCUGAUCAGAGGAUCAAUCACGAGAGCCAGUGGCCUUCUCACGUCAGCCAGCGCCAGCCUUACAUGUCCUCUUCGGCAUCCAUGCAACCCAUCACGCGCCCACCUCAGUCAUCCUACCAGACGCCGCCGUCACUGCCAAACCAUAUCUCCAGGGCUCCCAGCCCCGCCUCCUUCCAGCGCUCCCUGGAGAGUCGCAUGUCUCCAAGCAAGUCUCCCUUCCUGCCCUCCAUGAAGAUGCAGAAGGUCAUGCCUACCGUCCCCGCCUCCCAGGUCACCGGACCAUCCCCGCAGCCACCUCCAAUCAGAAGGGAGAUUACCUUUCCUCCUGGCUCUGUAGAAGCAUCUCAGCCAGUCCUGAAGCAAAGGCGAAAGAUUACCUCAAAAGAUAUUGUUACUCCCGAGGCAUGGCGUGUGAUGAUGUCCCUCAAAUCGGGUCUGCUGGCUGAGAGCACGUGGGCUUUGGACACCAUCAACAUUCUCCUCUAUGACGACAGCACCGUCGCCACCUUCAAUCUUUCCCAGCUGUCUGGAUUCCUGGAACUAUUAGUAGAGUACUUUCGAAAAUGCCUAAUUGACAUUUUUGGCAUUCUUAUGGAAUAUGAAGUGGGUGACCCCAGCCAGAAGGCGCUUGAUCACCGUACAGGGAAGAAAGAUGGCAGCCAGUCUUCAGAUGACGAUUCUGGGAAGGAGGAUGAUGCUGCUGAGUGUUUUGAGGAGGAGGAGGAAGAGGAAGAGGAGGAGGAAGAAGACAGUGAAAAGACGGAGUCACAGGGGAAGAGCAGCGCUGCCCCAGCUGCUCCAGAUGCCACUGUGGACCCCAAGGAGACGCCAAAGCAGGCCAGUAAGUUUGACAAGCUGCCCAUAAAGAUUGUCAAAAAGAACAACCUGUUUGUGGUGGACCGGUCAGACAAGCUGGGGCGAGUGCAGGAGUUCAACAGCGGGCUUCUCCACUGGCAGCUGGGUGGCGGGGACACUACAGAACACAUCCAGACCCACUUCGAGAGCAAGAUGGAGAUCCCUCCUCGCAGGCGUCCACCUCCGCCUCUAAGCUCCACGGGUAAGAAGAAAGAGCUGGAAGGCAAAGGUGAUUCUGAAGAGCUGCCAGAGAAAAGCAUCAUAGCCACCAUCGAUGAUGUCUUAUCUGCCAGGCCAGGGGCCCUGCCGGAAGACACCAACCCAGGACCCCAAACCGACAGUGGCAAGUUUCCCUUUGGAAUCCAGCAGGCCAAAAGCCACCGGAACAUCAGGCUCCUGGAGGACGAGCCCAGGAGCCGAGAUGAGACGCCCCUGUGUACCAUCGCGCACUGGCAGGACUCACUGGCCAAGCGCUGCAUCUGUGUGUCUAACAUCGUGCGGAGCUUGUCUUUCGUGCCUGGCAACGACGCCGAGAUGUCCAAACACCCGGGCUUGGUGCUGAUCCUAGGAAAGCUGAUUCUGCUGCAUCACGAGCAUCCGGAGAGAAAGCGGGCGCCACAGACCUACGAGAAGGAGGAGGAUGAGGACAAGGGGGUGGCAUGCAGCAAAGACGAGUGGUGGUGGGACUGCCUCGAGGUCUUGCGGGAUAACACCCUGGUCACUCUGGCGAACAUUUCCGGGCAGCUAGACUUGUCUGCUUACACAGAGAGCAUCUGCUUGCCGAUCCUGGACGGCUUGCUGCACUGGAUGGUGUGCCCGUCCGCGGAGGCACAGGACCCCUUUCCCACUGUGGGGCCCAACUCAGUCCUAUCGCCGCAGAGACUUGUGCUGGAGACCCUGUGUAAACUCAGUAUCCAGGACAACAACGUGGACCUGAUCUUGGCCACGCCUCCAUUUAGUCGUCAGGAGAAAUUUUAUGCUACAUUAGUUAGGUACGUUGGGGAUCGCAAAAACCCAGUCUGUCGAGAAAUGUCCAUGGCGCUUUUAUCGAACCUUGCCCAGGGGGACACACUGGCAGCGAGGGCAAUAGCUGUGCAGAAAGGAAGCAUUGGAAACUUGAUAAGCUUCCUAGAGGACGGGGUCACGAUGGCACAGUACCAGCAGAGCCAGCAUAACCUUAUGCACAUGCAGCCCCCACCUCUGGAACCCCCUAGUGUAGACAUGAUGUGCCGGGCGGCCAAAGCUUUGCUGGCCAUGGCCAGAGUGGACGAAAACCGCUCAGAGUUCCUUUUGCACGAGGGUCGGUUGCUGGAUAUCUCGAUAUCGGCUGUCCUGAACUCUCUGGUUGCAUCUGUCAUCUGUGAUGUACUGUUUCAGAUUGGGCAGUUAUGACAUCCGUGAGGGCACACGUGUGUGAGUGAACAUUAGAGGGUCACAUAUAACUGGCUGUUUUCUGUUCUUGUUUAUCCAGUGUAGGAAGAAGGAAAAGAAAAAUCUUUUGCUCCUCUGCCCCAUUCACUAUUUACCAAUUGGGAAUUAAAGAAAUCAUUAAUUUGAACAGUUA